ACUUCAAGAGGCAGAUCUGCUGUUAUGGAAUUCACCAAAUUGCUGUGCAUCUUUCUGUUGCUCCAGCUGUCUUUCGCGUCAGCAUACCGUGGCCGGAUCAUUGGAGGUGAGGAAUGCCCUGAGAAUGGCCAUCCCUGGCUUGUGCUGCUCUAUGUCUAUGACUCCAACGAACUUCUCUGUGCUGGAAUGUUGCUCAACCACAACUGGGUGCUGACUGCUGCUCACUGCUACAUAAGAGGAAAAAUCCAGCUAAGGUUUGGAGCGCACAACACAGAUGCGUAUGAGCAGUUAAGAAUCAGCGCAGACACCAAAUGCCCCAAUGACGACUGUUUCCAUUUCACUGAUGACAUCAUGCUGAUCAAGCUGAACAGCUCUGUUGCUGACAGUGAGCGUGUGGCCACCAUACCCUUGCCCACUACCUGUGCCCAAGUGGGAGCAAAUUGCACUGUGAUGGGCUGGGGCACAACCACAACUCCUGAAGAAACUUAUCCCAACAUUCCUUAUUGCAUUGACAUCGAGAUUUUUGACAAUCAGGUGUGUCAGGCUGCUUACCCGUGGGAAGUGACCAACAAGAUGUUUUGUGCAGGCGACCUGGAAGGAGGCAAAGAUUCGUGCCGGGGUGACUCUGGGGGCCCCCUUGUCUGUGAUGGAGGACUCCAAGGCAUUGUAUCUUUGGGGGGCUUCCCUUGUGGUGAGCCAUUUGAGCCUGGCAUCUACACCAAGAUCUGCAUGUAUCUUGACUGGAUCCAGAGUACUAUGGAGGAAAGCACAUAAGGGUCUGGUUCCUCUGAGGAUGGAAUAUACCAGUAGAAAACUUGUGAGUUACAUCAGUAGAAAUAGUGGGC